GAAUGACAUCAUUGAUAUUGUCAAUGGUGUAACUGAGACGAGAGAUAGAGGAAUAGCUGGAUUUCUGAGUUUACACCUAAAUAUCUGUCAUUCGCAGUGCAGACUAGACCAGAGUAUACCGCGGGACGCUUACAUCAGGAUCAGCAGGGCGGUGAGGAAUGGUUCGUCAAGCGCAUCGGCCGUCUUUCGCUGUCCAUGGUGCUGUUUGAAUGACAACGUCCUGAUCAGCACCUCGGUGGAAGGAAGGCAGCAGUCCCUGAAGAGCUUGAUCAAAAACGGUGGGCAACGGAGGGGAGGAAAGGCACGGGUCCAUUGUGAGUUGGGAAGGACAGCAGGAACCAUGGAACUGAGAGUGGGGAACAAGUACCGCCUCGGCAGGAAGAUAGGGAGCGGCUCUUUUGGAGACAUUUACCUGGGCAUUAACAUCGCCACGGGUGAGGAGGUGGCCAUUAAGCUGGAAUGUGUGAAGACCAAACACCCACAACUCCACAUCGAGAGCAAGUUCUACAAGAUGAUGCAGGGAGGAGUGGGCAUCCCAUCCAUAAAGUGGUGUGGAGCAGAGGGAGACUACAACGUGAUGGUGAUGGAGCUGCUAGGCCCCAGUCUGGAGGAUCUGUUCAACUUCUGCUCCCGCAAGUUCAGCCUCAAGACUGUCCUGCUGCUGGCUGACCAGAUGAUCAGCCGUAUUGAGUACAUCCACUCUAAGAACUUCAUCCACAGAGAUGUGAAGCCUGACAACUUCCUGAUGGGCCUGGGCAAGAAGGGCAACCUGGUGUACAUCAUUGACUUUGGCCUGGCCAAGAAGUACCGCGACGCCCGCACACACCAGCACAUCCCCUACCGCGAGAACAAGAACCUGACCGGCACGGCACGCUAUGCAUCCAUCAACACACAUCUGGGGAUAGAGCAGUCUCGUCGUGAUGACCUGGAGUCUCUGGGUUACGUCCUGAUGUACUUCAACCUGGGCUCUCUGCCCUGGCAGGGCCUCAAGGCCGCCACCAAGAGGCAGAAGUACGAACGCAUCAGUGAGAAGAAGAUGUCCACCCCUAUCGAGGUGCUCUGCAAGGGAUACCCCUCUGAGUUCUCCACCUACCUGAACUUCUGUCGCUCUCUGCGGUUCGAUGACAAGCCGGACUACUCGUACCUGAGACAGCUGUUCAGAAACCUGUUCCACAGACAGGGCUUCUCCUACGACUAUGUCUUUGACUGGAACAUGCUCAAGUUUGGGGCCAGCAGGACAGCCGAGGAUGGGGAGAGGGAGAGGGAGAGGGAGAGGAGAGAGGGAAAAGAGGGAGAUGAGAGGAUCGGCGGGGGACCUAGGGUACCUCGUGCCCUACCCCCGGGCGGCAACCCCCCGGGCGGUGUAGACAGGAUCAGAAAUGGCCCCAAUGCAGCAGCCUCUAACCCUGCUUCCAGAGGAGUCGCACAGUCAGGGAACCGGUCCCCACAGGCUGUGUCCCGUGCGGAGCGAGAGAGAAAGGUGGCCAUGAGGCUCCACCGUGGUGCCCCCGCCAACAUCUCCUCCUCUGACCUCACUGCACAGAUGGGCCAGUCACGCAUCGCCACAUCACAGGUCAGUGUGCCAUUUGAACACCUGGGGAAGUGAGCUGCUCCUCUCUGGCCCUCUGGACUGGCAGCCAUGGCAUUGUAUCAAAUACCUACUCAAGUACUUUUGAAAUUGUUGGAUAAAAAAGAAAGGAGUGGGUCAACAACACUGAAGAGGGAUGAAAGAUGGAAGAAAAAAAGGAAAGGAACGAAGGAUUGAAAGAAAGUGUGAGAAGUGAACUCCUGUCCACUAUGACUGUAGUUAACUGGAAGAAAUUGUGAAAAGAUGAAAGAUUGACAACUUAAAGACACUCUCAUGGUCUAGGCUUGCUUCCCGGGCUUGUAAGACCUUUGCCUCGGCUGGUGAAUGAGACUUCGGUACUACUGUCCUGGUUCACUCUCAUUACACCGGCUAUAUGAUCAGUGGGACCAUACACGUCUCUCAGAAGCUCAAUGCGCAUAAAAACAUGCACAUGUCAGUGCAAAACGGACAAGCUCUGAUUGUUCUAGAUGUUUUCACCGCUGAGGUGGUUGUGUGGGCUCAUGUGUAGCUUAAAAAACACAGUCGAAACCGUUUGUCUCACAUUGAAUGUCCAAUUUAUGACAGCUGCAUUUACUGCUAAUGGUGUAUGUUUAUAAUCAACAACAAGAAGAACAAAAUCUGAGGUUUCCUGUGGUCAAGUAAAAAGGAUUUAUUCACUAGUAGGCAAGACGAUCUCAGUUGAGAGGAAUUGGGUGUGAAAUGAAAGAAAGAGAGAUAGGAAGAGAUGUGGUAAAACGUUGUUCAGGAAUGGGAAAAGAUGAAUGUGAAUGAAUGUGAAAGUGUUUGCGUCAGAGUUGCUUAGAGAAGUGGAAGUGUUUGCAUCAGAAUUGCUUAGAGAAGUGGGUUUGCAUAUAGUCAGUGUAUGUCAAUGUCUUAUUGUCUUACUGUUUGUUUUUCGUACUUUUGGUUUUAGCAAGCCAAGGACCAACCAAGAGUCAAAGGAGGAAGGGGGGUGGUAGGAGACUUAGAGAGAUGGACUGUCACCCAUUUUCUCUUUACGUCUUCGCGGUUUAGGAAUUCCAGGAUAAGAAUAAUUAUGAGUAGAUUUUAACCUAGCGUUAAAUGAGGAAAUUUUGGUUCUACAACACUUACUGUUAAGAUUAUUGACACAUUUCCAUUGAGGUUCCACUCCCCUCUGCGGUGUAUGUGAACACAGUAUUGUAUUACAUUUGUCAACAACCAAGAGCUAAAAAUGCCCCUUCAAAUGAUGGUGGACCAUAUAAUAAAGGACCGUUACUUCUUAUCAUUAUGUGGAGGAAAUUAGUUAUUUAAUCAAUUGAUUGUUUUUGUUCUAGAGUUUUUGUCAACUGGUAAGUCAAGGCAAGACACUAACCUCUCAUGCCAGGCUUCGCAAAAGGGAGAAUAAUGUUAAACAAUACCUGCGUUCUUGGUUGUUAUGAUAAUAAGAAAACAAGCCGUAUUAUCCUGGCGAUGCGAGGAGGAGCAUGGGAGAAAUGAAGAGGAUGGAUUUCAAAGUUAUAUGCUCAAUAACUUUUUUUAAAAUAUUUUUUUAUCUCUUUAAAUAUGUUUUUGUGUAAAGCAAAAAUGUGCUAGGUUGUUUGUUUGAAGAUGUCAAUGUAGUAACAGAGAUUUAUUGACCUGCAGGAGGGCUUGGUUAGGUGCAAAGGGAGUCAAAUGUAAGGUAGGCCUACACCUGAGCAGGCAGAUAACAAUAAAGAUGGAAUAUAUGGUUGUGUGGGUGCACUGAUAUCUUGUACAUUUCUUUACCAUGUUUAGAUUUUAUUACAACAAUAUUGUGUAUAAUAAUAAUAAUUAAUAAUAAUAAUUGUAUUGUGUCCCUUUCCAUAAAGUUGUCUUGUUGCAUCUCAAACUCAACAGCACAGCAUCACCACAUAUAGUGCAUAAAUACAUAGAUUACAUACAACGAUGUAAAUUACGUGCAAUAAUGCAACAAAAAACGACAGAUGUGGAUAAAGUUUACGGAAUAGGCCUGCGCUAGUUCAUACCGUUUUGAUUCAUGGGAGGGGGGCUAUAUUUUAUGAGUCAAUAAAGAUAUGCACAACUUA